AUGGCCAACACCGUGGUUACAGGUUCCCGACUCCAGGGAAAAGUCGUCAUCGUCACCGGCGGCGGUUCGGGCUUCGGAGCUGCUAUUUCUCGUCGCUUCGGCGAGGAGGGAGCCAAGGUGAUCUUGGCGGAUAUUAACGUCGAAGGGGGACAGAAGGUUGCCGCGCAGAAUCCGGCCAAUCUAAUCUUCCAGCAGAUGGACGUCACCAAGGCUGACGAUUGGAUGACAGUGGUUGAAUUGGCGUUUUCCAAGUUCGGAAGACUGGAUGUGCUGGUCAAUAAUGCGGGAACAACGUAUCGGAAUAAGCCGACGGUGGAAGUUACGGAGGCGGAGUGGGAGAAGGUUUUUAACGUGAAUGUUAAGGGCAUCUUUCUGGGAACCAAUGUCUUCAUGCCACGGUUGAUCCAGCAAGGUCAAGGUGGCUCCAUGAUUAACAUCUCUUCCACCGGUGCUUCGAGACCCCGUCCCGGUUUGGUCUGGUAUAAUGCCUCUAAAGGGGCAGUGUCAAAUGCCACGAAAGGUCUUGCGGCCGAAUAUGGCCCGCACAAUAUCCGUGUCAACACCGUUUCUCCUCUGCUGUCGGGAACAGCCCUCUUUCCCAUGUUUACAGGCAUGCCGGAUACGCCCGAGAAUAGGGAGAAAUUCAUCGGGAAUGUACCGCUCGGUCGGCUGACUGACCCGGAUGAUGUCGCUAAUAUCUGUCUGUACCUCGCCAGUGAUGAAGGAAGAUUUAUAAAUGGAGCGGAGAUGCUGAUUGAUGGUGGAAAAUGUAUCUAG